UAGCAAGUGAAUUCACAAGCUAGUAACGUUAUUAGCUAGGGAAUCUAUUUGUCCGAUGUGAGCUAGCUAGCUAGUAUGCUACGUAGGUAACGUUAGCUACUGAAGCGUUGCUCAAAUUGUUUUGCCAAUACCGGUAACGUUAGGUGCCACUAGCUAAAUAGCUUAGGUUAAAUUGAUAUACACAUCUAUGGGGUUAGUGUUCCCACACAGCCAUAUCUCCAUGUUGCGCUUGUUUACGGAAAACAUGAGGCGACCACCUAUGCUAAUUAGCUAUCUAGCAGGCUCCAAACACCCGUGUGCAAGUUUGACUUGGGAAGUUUAGUUUCGUUGGAUGGAGGCACCCAUAGCUGUAUGGACCUGUGCAAAACUACUAGAGGGUAACCAACCCGUCUUCUGGAAAGCUACUGAGUGUGCUGGUUUUUACGCUAGCCCUACCCGAACUCACUGGAUUUAGCCAAUCCUGACCUCAAGUCAAGAUGGAUGACAUCAACCUACACUACAGGUUCCUGAACUGGCGGAGGAGGAUCAGAGACGUGCGUGCUGUACGUUUUCAGGAGCGCUACAAAAGAAUGCUGAAGAAUGGAGACACACUCAGCUAUCAAGGGAACUCUGAUGAGGUUGGCUGCUAUGUGGCUCCCCGUCCCUUAUCAAAGGGAAACUGCUACUUUGAGGUGACCAUAAUGGACACAGGGGUGAGAGGGACGAUAGCAGUAGGCCUGGUGCCACAGUUCUACAAGCUGGACCAUCAGCCAGGCUGGCUGCCACAGUCUGUAGCCUACCACGCUGAUGACGGCAAGCUGUACGAUGGAAACCCUGUGGGCCAGCAGUUUGGGCCCAAAUGCAACCGUGGUGACAGGAUUGGCUGUGGAAUAUACUGUGAUACCAUCGAGGCUGGGUUGACCACAGUCUUUUUCACCAAGAAUGGCAAAGAGGUGGGCUCGUUGGUGUUCCCGGUAGCGGCAGAGGGCCUGUUCCCAGCCAUCGGGAUGCACUCUCUGGGAGAGGAAGUGAGGCUGGACCUCCAGGCAGAGUGGGACAUGGAGGAGGCGGACAGCGUCAUGAUGGUGGACAGCCACGAGGACGACUGGGGACGUCUCUACGACAUCAGGGUCACUGGCACGCAGCUCCUGGAGUACGUCGGGAAGGGGAAGAGCAUCCUGGACGUGGGUCUGGCCCAGGCCAGGCAGCCCCUCAGCACACGCUGCCACUACUUUGAGGUGGAGAUAGUGGACGCUGGAGAGAAGUGCUACAUCGCCCUGGGCCUGGCCAGAAGGGACUACCCCAAGAACAGACACCCGGGCUGGAGCCAAGGCUCAGUGGCUUAUCACGCAGAUGAUGGGAAGAUCUUCCAUGGUAGUGGGGUUGGGGAGCCGUUUGGUCCUCGCUGUAUCGAGGGUGACAUCAUGGGCUGUGGCAUCAUGUUCCCACGGGACUACAUAUUGGAUGGUGAAGAUGACAUAGAUGAGUGGGACCCAUUGGAGGUGCUGCCGAGGCAGGGCGAGGGGCGCAUCCAGAACGUUCUGUACCUGAAUGAUGAGGAGGAAGAGGGGGACGAACUGGACCAGGAGCAUGACGGCAGGAAGGUCAUGGUGUUUUUCACACGGAACGGGAAGCUGAUGGGUCGCCGUGAGGUGGUGGUGCCCCCAGGGGGAUUCUACCCCACCGUGGGGAUGCUGAGCAGCGGAGAAAAGGUCAAGGUGGACCUGCACCCCCUCAGUGGAUGAACCUGACCAACCUGCAUCCUCUUAGUGGAUAAGAUGAGUCCAGAAACCGAACACUGCACCCUGUCAUCGCCUGACCAGUGACCACAUCAAGCCUUACUGGGGAUCAGCGUAGUGAAACWAGGGCAGGGAUUCAUUCCAUGGCAUUCUAUAACUGACUUUUAAAGGUAUUUUAUGCUUGAGCGUUUACCAUUUAUUUGAUCUCUGCAAACGUCUGGGAAAAUGCUGUUAAAAGGCAUAUUGUGGGCUGUAUAGGGUGCUGCCCUGUAACACAACUUGAAUAGAAUCCCGGCCUUAGUCACAACCAUCAGGUCUACUGUAGCAAAAAUAUAUAUAUAUACACUGGUGCAGUGAAAUGUGUUGUUUUACAGGGUCAGCAAUAGUAGUUUGGCAAAU